UCGCAAUAGCCGGACACAGCACGCCGCUGCCCGUAUCCAAGAUGGCGCCCAUGGGUGGGCGUGGCCAGUGAUGGCUUCUCCGAGUGUUCGGGCAAUGGCGUCUGCAAUGGAUCCCAGUUGGGAGGAGGAGGAGGAGGAUGAGGACGAGGAAGAGGAGAUAGAGGAGGUUGAGCAGUUUGUCCUGGUAGAAUUGUCAGGAAUUAUUGAUUCAGACUUUCUCUCCAAAUGUGAGAAUAAAUGCAAGAUUUUGGGAAUUGACACAGAGAAGCCCAUCCUGCAAGUAGACAGCUAUGUGUUUGCUGGGGAAUAUGAAGAUACUCUUGGGACCUGUGUUAUAUUUGAAGAAGGUGUUGAACGUGUGGAUCCGGAAGGGACUGACAAAACAGUGCUGAAAUACAAAUGCCACACAAUGAAGAAACUCAGCAUGACAAGGACUCUUCUGACAGAAAAGAAGGAAGGCGAAGAAAACAUAGAUGGUGUAGAAUGGCUACAAAUGAAGGAUAAUGAUUUCUCCUAUAGACCCAACAUGAUUUGCAGCUUUCUGCAUGAAAAUGAAGAUGAAGCUGUAGCGCCAGCCCCCGAGAAAGCCGUGGAGUUGGAAGACCAAGAGGCCCAAAUGAAAGGCAGCACAGAGCAGACACACGAGCAGGAGAGAGUGCAGUACCUGGAAGCAGGGGACCCUGGUCCUCUUGGAGAUGUCCCUGCUGAGAUGGGCAGUUCUGUUUCCAUGGGAAUUCAGGGUGGAGAUAUUUCUCAAAACAGCCAGUCAUGAACUUAAAAAAAAAAAAAAAAAGUCUUAUCUACAAUAAUUGCUGUGUAGCUU